CAUGAUUUCAAUUAUAAUUUGCGUUUGUGGAUUGCCAGCCUCAGGAAAAACUAGUUUCUCCCGGCAAAUUUGUUCAACCGAUAGUGAUUUAUUUAAGAAAACUUCUUUGGAGUUUGUUCAUAUUGAAUUCGAUGAUAUUGUUGAUCCAGCGUGUUUUGAUCAAAAUAAGUGGAAAGAAGAAAGGAAGAGAGUGUGGGAUGAUGUCAAUAAAUGCUUUCAUCGAUGUUUGAUGAGUAGUUAUGAUAUCUUCGAUACUGAUUCAAGCCUAAUAAAAAAGAUUAUGGGAGUGUUACAAACUGGUCGUAAAAUAGGUGUAGUCAUUGAUGAUAACCUAUUCUAUAGAAGUAUGAGAUAUGAAUAUUAUCAAUUGGCAAAAUUGUAUGGAUCAGCAUAUAUGCAGAUUUUUCUCAAUUCUAAAUUAGAUAUAUGCUUAGAAAGAAACCUUCAUCGAGAUAAGCCAGUAUCGGAGGAGACUUUACAAAGAAUGUCAAAGAACUUCGAAUGGCCAAACUAUAGCUCCUCGUGGGAAAAGUAUUCUUUAGAAUCAGCUGUUAUCGAUGAUAAAGAAUUUCUUAAUACCCUUGAAAUUGCUUUACAAAAUCCUGUCAAGGACACGUCGGAUGAAGAUAACAAGUUGAAAGAGGAGAGUCGUCGAAUCAAUAAAUGUAACUUACUGCAUCAAGGAGAUAAUAUUUUACGCAACUUAGUCUCUCAAAAAAUAGCCUCAGCGAAUGGUGACAAAACAACAAUAGCCAAACAGUGUCAAAAGGCACGUAAGAGCGUAAUGGAUUUUCUGAAGAAUAUAAACUCUAACAACCUACCCAAUCAAAAUUCGGCAGAUAGCUUGAAUGUUAGUGAUUUCAGUUCGAUCAUUCGGAAUUUAUUCGAGGAGACUUUCGCGAUUAAAUGCUGGAAUAGUCGAACGAACCGUCCAGAUAAUGAUCCAAAACGAUCGUACCUUAUUAAUAAGGUUUUGAGUGCUCCAGUUAAAUUAUAUAUAUUACGCUUGAAUCCUGCCUGCCGGAUUGUUUGGAUGUAUUUAAUAACUAACGAUAUAUAUCAUGAAAUAAUCGAAGUUGACACAUCGGACGAAACUGUUAGAGAGGUUCCUUUCUUAGUUGAUGGCUCUGUCAGAGUUGUAUCAGGGCCAGCUAUUUUACGAUAUUUGGCCGAAUCAUAUGGAAAGUGGGCUGGUUAUGGAGAGGAUGCGACAGCAAGAGCUCUCACAGAUUCCCUAAUAUGUUGGGCUGAUGUAGAACUACACAGGUCAAUUGGUUUUACAUUCGCCUAUCCUCAAAUAUUAGAAGAUUUUACAUUACUUAAUGAAGAUGCCAAUGAAAAACUGGUCGAGAAAGGAUUAAGAGAAGCCAGCAGACACCUCGAGGCCUUAGAAACCGGUUAUCUGUCUAAUAGUCGCUAUGUUACUGGAAACUCUCUAACUAUAGCAGAUUCUUAUAUAGCCAGCGUUAUUAUUCAAGCCGAAGGCUGCGGAUUCAAUUUAGAAAUGUGGCCUAAAGUCUUCAGCUGGUUAAAACGAAGAAUUUAA